GGGACGUGAGUCCCCGGGGAGGGGGAGGAAAGAACUGUCAGGCCAGUCCGGACUCGCCAACCGGCGGUUCUAGGCUCUGGGAAGGGGGCGCGUGCGGGAGUCCCCAGGCCACGCGUAAGGGAACCGUUGCCUCAGUGCUGUUUAGAGGAGUGAGAAACCACUUAGUCCCGUGGCACUGCAGGCUGAGGCUUCUUUACAGAACAGUUUACCUGCAGGUGGUUGAGGGACCGGGGGCGGGCCCACGUGCCUGGAAUCAGCUCUGCCGUGGGGCGGCGAGAAAGUCUGGGCAAAGGUCUGUACAUCACUGCCCUUGCAGUACUGCGAGGAGUGUUUUUUCGGAAAGAGUCGUGACUUUGAAUUACUGAAAGAUCAAAGAUUUCCAUUUUCUCCACACUCUUCUUUCCCCUAAAGAUGUAUUUUGGCAACCUUAUUGCAACUAUGCGUGAUACUGAUGUUGGAGUCUGUGCGGAAUGAUUACGUAUGGAAGCCCUGGUCUCUAUUCUCGGGAGUUCAGUAUAGCUGGAAACCAAACUACUCCCUGGGUUCAAAACCCGGUUCUUACAUUGUGUGACCUUUGCAAGUUCUUUAUCUUUGUCUCAGUAGUCUCAUCCUAAAACAGGAAUAGUAUUUUGUAAUCCAAUUCCUAGGGUUGUUGAGAGGGUUAAGUGCUUUAAUACAUAUAAAUCAGGUAAAACAAGCCUGGUACUUAAUGGCUCAGUGUGUGUCAGCUGUCAUUGCUCUAUUGUCAGUAUAAUUUACAAAUGACAUCCUGUAGAAAGAGGUUUUCAAAUCAUUUAAGGACCGAGUGACCCUUAGUUAAUUAACCCUUUCUGUCUUAGAAGAGUAACGGUAAUAUCUUAUGAAAGUUUGUAUCCCCCACAGUGUCUUGCUUAUGGGUGUAUGAUAGUUGUUGAAUGCAUGCAUGACUGAAGGAGUUUUCAUAAAUAGCAGUAGAGGCAAGAAAAAAAAAGAAGAAUCCUUGGUCUUUACAUGAAAGAGAGCUUUGUUGAUAUUCAUCUUAUAAAUCAGGAAGAAACUGAGAUUUCAAGGUGUCAAAGUUCUGCUUACAGCUAGGAAUCCAGUUUCUUUUUCCAGUGUAGUGCUUCUACAACUUAGGAUGAGAUGCAGUGUGUUUCAUUUACCAAGUCCUACAAUUCGUUUUAAAGUAUUUGUCAGCUACGUAUUAUUUAUAACAAGCUGACAUGACAAAAAUUAAGAUAAUUUUAAUAUUGAUCCUAUUUUCAAGAUUUUACAGUCUAGUGAGGAAAAAAAUAAUUAGUAACAGAUGUUGCAUACUAUGGUUCCUUGGGAGUUACUAAAGAGAGAGUACUUCAGACUGGUGAGGAUGGACAGGUUGCUGAGGAAAUGACAUUUAGGCUAGGCCUAAAUAGGUGAAUGGUAUUUUGACUAGAGGAUAUGGAUGCAAGGCGUUCCAGAUAGUGGGCACAGUAUAAGCAAGAAGAGUAGAAACCUAAAUAUAUUGAACAGACUGUGGUACGGUUAGCUCAUAUGACUACUAUAUGAAGAGAGCUAGUGAGGUUGAAAAAGGAACGUGAAGCCCGUUCUUGGUUGUUUGGUCCAAAGAGACUAUUUUUUUUAUUCCCUAGAUGGAGGGCAGUGGAAGGUAACAUGAUUGUGUUUCUUCAAGAAUGUUAAUCCGAAGACUAUGCAUAAAACUAAUAAGUGGUGGAGAGUGGCAAGAUCAGAGGUAUAUCUUCUGUGUCUCUGGUGACUUUGUUAAAGUUCAUAGCACAGCUACAGAAGAAUGUGUACACAUAUUGCAAGGGCACAGAAAUCUGGUGACUGGAAUCCAGCUCAACCCCAACAAUCAUCUACAGUUGUAUUCUUGUUCCUUUGAUGGCACAGUUAAACUGUGGGACUAUGUAGAUGGCAUUUUAAUAAAGACUUUCGUAGUAGGGCUUAAACUUCAUGCCCUCUUUACUCUACCCAGUGCUGAGGAUUCUGUCUUUGUUAUAAUAAAUAAAGAAAAACCAGAUGUAUUUCAGCUGGUUUCAGUGAAACUGCCAAAAUCAUCAAGCCAAGAGAUAGAAGCGAAGGAGCUCUCCUUUGUUUUGGAUUAUAUAAACCAGUCACCCAAGUGCAUUGCCUUUGGAAAUGAGGGGGAAUAUGUUGCUGCAGUACGGGACUUUUACUUGUCUGUUUAUUUUUUCAAAAAGAAAACAACAUCAAGGUUUACUUUAUCAUCAUCAAGAAAUAAGAAACAUGCUAAGAACAAUUUCACAUGUGUAGCAUGUCACCCAAAGGAAGAUUGCAUAGCAACUGGUCACAAGGAUGGCAAAAUUCGUCUUUGGAGGAAUUUUGAUGAUGAUAAGAAAUACACAUACACAUGUUUACAUUGGCACCAUGAUAUGGUUAUGGAUUUGGCUUUUUCAGUGACAGGCACCAGUCUGCUGAGUGGAGGUCGUGAAUCUGUCCUUGUAGAGUGGCGCGAUGCAACAGAGAAGAAUAAGGAGUUCCUCCCCCGUUUAGGAGCUACUAUUGAACACAUUUCAGUCUCACCAGCAGGGGAUUUGUUCUGUACUUCUCACUCUGAUAAUAAAAUAAUAGUCAUUCACAGAAACCUUGAGGCUUCUGCAGUAAUUCAAGGCCUAGUGAAAGACAGUAAUAUCUUCACCGGUUUGAUGGUUGAUCCCAGAACUAAAGCUUUGGUUUUAAAUGGAAAACCUGGCCAUUUGCAGUUUUAUUCUCUCCAGCAUGAUAAGCAGUUGUACAAUUUAGAUAUUAUACAGCAAGAAUAUAUCAAUGAUUCUGGUCUGAUCCAAAUCGAGCUAACAAAGGCUGCAUUUGGCUGCUAUGGUAACUGGCUUGCAACAGUGGAACAACGUCAGGAAAAGGAAACAGAGCUUGAAUUGCAAAUGAAACUGUGGCUGUAUAAUAAGAAAACACAAGGGUUUGUUCUUAAUACAAAGGUUAACAUGCCACAUGAAGACCACAUCACAGCUCUCUGUUUCUGUAAUGCAGAAAAAUUUGAAAACCCCACCUUGGUUACAUCUAGUAAAGAUGGUCACUUCAAAGUAUGGAUAUUAACAGAUGAUUCUGAUAUAUACAAAAAAGCUGUUGGCUGGACUUGUGACUUUGUGGGUAGUUAUCACAAAUACCAAGCAACUAACUGUUGUUUCUCUGAAGAUGGCUCUUUACUAGCAGUCAGUUUUGAGGAAAUAGUUACAAUAUGGGAUUCAGAGACAUGGGAACUUAAAUGUACAUUUUGUCAACGAGCUGGGAAAAUAAGGCACCUUUGCUUUGGGAGAUUGACUUGUUCAAAGUAUCUUCUUGGUGCUACUGAAAAUGGCAUUCUUUGCUGUUGGAAUCUGCUCAGUUGUGCAUUGGAAUGGAGUGCAAAAUUAAAUGUUAGAGUUAUGGAAACUGAUCCUAAUUCAGAGAAUAUUGCUGCAAUCUCUCGGUCUUCAGUGGGUUCAGACUUGUUUGUAUUUAAACCUAGUGAGCCAAGGCCAUUGUAUAUUCAAAAGAAUAUCUCCAGAGAGGAAGUCCAGUGGGGAGUGUUUGUUCCACGAGAUGUCCCUGAAUCAUUCACCUCAGAAGCUUACCAAUGGCUGAACAGAUCCCAGUUUUACUUCCUAACAAAAUCACAGACUUUAUUGACAUUCAGUACAAAGUCUCCAGAAGAGAAACUCACACCAACAAGCAAACAGCUACUAGCAGAAGAAAGUCUUCCAACAACCCCAUUUUAUUUCAUAUUGGGAAAGCACAGGGAACAGCAGGAUGAAAAAAUAAAUGAGGCUUUCGAGAGUGAACUGGUACAACUACCCUUAACAGAAAAUAUACCUGCGAUUAGUGAGCUUCUUCAUACUCCAGCCCAUGUAUUGCCAUCUGCUUCCUUCCUGUGCUCCAAGUUUGUAAGCUCAUUGCUGCUGUCUAAGGAGACCAAGAGUGGUGAAGAAAUUCCUGAAGACGUAGAUAUGGAAGAAGGAAAAGAAAGUGAUGAUUCAGAUGAAGAAAAUGAUUUUACUGAAAAGAUCCAGGAUACAAAUAACACAGACUUGGGAGAAGACCUUCUACAUCAGUUGUCAAAAUCUGAAGAAAAAGAACUAAGAAAAUUCAGGAAAGUAGACUACAGCUGGAUAACUGUCCUUUGAGCCUUGGAGAUGGGGGAAGGUUCUUGCACUUUGUGUUUUUUUAUUGUACAUUGAUACUCCAAAAACAUCUAAUGUUAUUUCUCUUCUUAAAAUAUUAAAUGUGGACAGGAUUUACUUUUUAAAUAACUGGUAAUUCAAAGCUGUCUUUGCAUCAUUCUUAAUGUUCCUGGGUGCAUUCACAUAGACACCAUCUCCUUUUUUUGAGUAACAUCAGCCUUAAAAAAAGCUAGUUUUCUCACAGAUGAUUAUAGCAUAUGUCCCCUUAUUUGCAAUUUGGAGAUAUAAAUAGUCAAAAAUUAAAAGAUUUUGUUGAUGAUACUGUUAAAUUUAACAUCAAAACUCAUUUGAUAACCAAAUAAGACCUGAACAGAUGUGAUGUUUCUGUAGUCCUGCUUCAUACCUUUUGGUGUAUUUAUUUCUCAUAGAGAAAUGUGGAGCAAUUAUUUGAUUAUGUGGUGUUCCACAGACCCCACUAAGGGUAUUAAAUAACAUGGGCUGCCUACAAUCUGAAAAAUUCUAAAUUCAAAUCAUUUGGCCCUGAGCCUGUUGACUAAAAGCUUAUCUACUCACAAUUUUUAGGAAAGCCUUGGAAAAUAAGAAGAGCUGAUAUUACUUUGUCAGUGUUUUCACUAUGUGUACUGAGUCAAAGAACAACUACCUUUUUUCUGUUUUGUUUUUUUUUAGUGUUUGUUUAUUCUUGCGAGAGAGACAGAGCAUGAGCGGGAGAGGGGCAGAGAGAGAGGAAAACACAGAAUCCAAAGCAGGUCCCAGGCUCUGAGCUGUCAGCACAGAGCCCGACGUGGGGCUCAAAUUCACAAACCGUGAAAUCAUGACCUGAAGUCAGACGCUUAGCCAACUGAGCCACCCAGGUGCCCUAAGAACAACUACUUUUUAACCAAAAGUCCCACUGCUAAUAGAGGAGAAUGCAAGUCUCUGUUUUAUAUUAAAGUACUGAAGUGGCUACUUUCUAACCA